AUGCAAAGUAUAUUAUUUGCGGAAUAUACCAAGAUUCUUGAAACUGGUGAACUUUCUGAUAUAGAAAUUACGGUCGGAAAGGAACCAAACACCAAAACCUAUCGUUUACAUUCUUUUAUAUUAAAAGUUUGUUCUCCUUAUUUUCGUGAAUUAUUAUCAAAGAAACAGCCGAUAAAAAUUGAAAAUGGUAUUAAAAUCGCAAAUAAAAAUAUUUCUGCGAAAGCAUUUGAAAUUCUUAUUAAGUAUAUAUAUAGCGACAAACUUAAACUUGAAAAUAAUGGGUUUAAAAUAAAUGUUGAACUUUUAGUCGCAGCUAAUGAACUGCAUCUUAAUGAAUUAUGUUCUUUCAUUGAAACACAUCUACUUAUGAACGAGGGAUUAUUAAAACAAAAUUUUGUUCUUAUUCAGACUGUUGCAGAUCGCCACAAAUUUACGAAACUGUCAAAAUACUAUAAGAACGCUUAUCAGCAAGACCCUUCAUUAUUUUUAAAAGCAAAUGAUUUUACCGAUAUCAGUGAAGGAUUUCUUCUUCGUAUUCUUACUAAAGACAAUCUCUCUUUAAAACCAAUUGAAGUUUGGAAUAAAAUUAUAGAAUGGGCAAUUGCUCGAUCUAAUGAAUUACCAUCGGAAAUUACAAAGUGGACUACUGAUAACGUGAAAACAUGUGGAACUUUAAUUAAACAAUUUAUUCCGUAUAUUAAAUUUGAAGAAAUUCCUGCUUAUGAGUUCUUUCAAAAAAUCAGACCCCUCAAAGAUAGUUUUGAUAAUAACACUUAUACCAAAAUUCUAGAAAAUUAUGUUUAUAAUACUGUAAAUAUAAAUUCUAAGAUUCUCGAUUAUGAAUUAGCUUGUAUAUUAACUAAAUAUAUUAAAUAUUAUAUUGAGAAUCGUAAUUUUGCUGAUUUUUUUGUAUCCAACGUAAAUUUCUAUAAGUUAAAAUUGCUUGUUCGUGGAAGCGAUAAUGGAUUUGAUCGUAGAAAUUUCCACGAACGUUGUGAUAACAAAGGACCAACUAUUACUAUUGCAAAAGUUAAAGAUACUAAUGAAAUUCUUGGAGGUUAUAACCCAUGCGAUUGGAAAUAUGGAUGUUAUGGUAAUAAAAUUAGAGGAAGUUUGAUUUUUUCUUUAAGUAAAGUCAACCCUAGUACUUUUGGCGAGGUUGAUGACUCUUCACUUCUAUCAACCUGCACGGUAGAACCAUUGCGUGCCAAUUUUGUAGAUUUUAGUACAAUCAGAAGUCUGUUGAAAGAUGUGAAUAGUGGGCCUGAAUUUGGAUCAGAUUUAAAAUUACUACUUAAUAAUACUAACAGAGGUCAAUAUUGCAAGAAUAAUUAUUCAGAAAAAAUAAGACAAAUCGAAGCUGAAUUUGAAAUAGAAGAAUAUGAAGUUUUCCAAAUUACUAAGAAUUCUAACUAA